AUGACUUCUCUAAAGAUACCUGGAUUUAUUCAAAUUUGGAGCAAGAGGACUGGGAUGAGUAAGUUGAAAGAAGCAUUCAUUGAAACAGUUGAAGGAAAAAAGAGAACUAAACUGGUGGUCAUUUUCAAAUCUAGAGAAUUCAUAAGGGUCUUCUUUCAACUGAGUAAUAAUAUUAGAAGUGUGGUUCUUAGACAUCGUAAAGGAAGAAAAAGUUCUCUGCACUUAACUUUGCAAAACAAUAUAUUCUUACUUAUUGACAAACUGUCCAUCAGAGAUGCUGAACAGUUGAAAAUGUUCUUGGAUGUAGUUCACCAAAACAAAUUUCAACAACCUAUGAAAACUGAUGAUGACUGGAAUGUCUUUGGAAGCAGGAAAGCACAGAAGGAGAUUGGCAAGACUUCCCUUUAUGACACCUGUCGUGAGUCAAAUUACAAAUCCCUUAAUCUGGAAAAGAGAAGUAAAACAUCUUGCUCUCAGAAGAUACCUGUGUUCAUGUCAAAAUCCACAAGAUGGGUCAUAAAAGGGUUAUUAAAAAAUCGAGAUGGGAAGAGGAAAAAAGCCAUGUGGUGGGAAAGAAAAAAGUCAUCUGGUCUAGAGAUGACUGAGAAUUUUCAGAAAAAGCAUAACCCUGUAAUAAGCAAGAAAUCCAGGGCCGACUUCUUGAAGUAUGUAAGAAGCAAUAGGAAGGAAUCAUCAAGUUUAAAAGAUUUAGGAAAAAAUAGAAAUUCAAAACUUGUACCUUCAUUGAAGACCAACUGUAAUGGAAAUCCUAACCUAGAUGGAACAGUUUCAACCCAGACUUCCUCUACCAAAAGAGAUUUGGCAUUUCCAUUGGACCCAAAGCACAGCCAGAGUGACCCAAGACAGAAUGAAGCCCAGGUGCCCCUUGAUCCUCACCCAGAUCAACUGUGGGAAGGCUUUCCCAAUUUGGGAAACACCUGUUACAUGAAUGCAAUUUUACAAUCAUUAUUUGCGAUUCCAUCAUUUGCUGAUGACUUAUUCAUGCAAGAUGUCCCAUGGGAGAAAAUUCCCUUUGAUGUUCUCAUUAUGCCCUUGAGCCAACUGCUUGCUUUGAAAGAUAUUUGUAAUAUGGAGACCAAAGAAGAAUUGCUGGUAAAUGUUAAAAAAGCCAUUUCAGCAGUUGCAGGGAUAUUCUCUGGCAACACACAAAAUGAUGCUCAUGAGUUUUUAAGUCAGUGUUUAGACCAGCUGAAAGAAGACGUGAAAGAAUUAAAUGCCAAUUUGAAGACUGAACGUGAAGCUGAUGACAAAAAUGUAUCUCCACAGACAUAUGCUGGUAAUGCUGCCACUGAAGUGGUUGUUUGUCCUGUCGCCACUAAUUUUGAGUUUGAAUUGCACCUCUCUAUUAUUUGUAAAGCCUGUGGUCAGGCUGUUCUCAAGUCAGAACUGAGUAAUUGUCUCUCCAUCAACCUGCACCAAGAAACCAAACCAUUUCCUUUGUCCAUUCAAAAUUUUGUUGAUCUUUUCUUUAGAGCAGAAGAACUUGAGUAUAGCUGUAAGACAUGUGAGCACAAGAGUUCCAUGGCAAAGCACAAAUUCAGUAGGCUCCCCAGGGUCCUUAUUGUUCAUCUGAAACGCUAUCGCUUUAAUGAUGCUUGUUUGCUGGUAAAAAAUAGUCAGAACGUUUAUAUUCCCAAAUAUUUAAGGUUAUCUUCUCAUUGCAAUGGAAGCACAAAACUCCCUCUUCCCUUGAGUGGCAGUGCAGCUUCUUGGCACAGCAAAGUUCUGGGGGUCUCUCAGCAGAUGACCUCUGAGAUCAUCAGCCCAUUGACACUAUCGAUGAGGUUGACCUCAGAAUCCAGUGAUUCCUCGGUUCUAUACGCUGAACCAAAGAAGGAUGGUGACCUACAAACCUGUGAAGCAGCAGACCAAGAGCAGCAGCAGAAAGACCUGGAAAGUGGUGCUAAACUGAAGUCAAAGUUGGUAAACUUCAGAGAUGGAACAGCCAGUGAAAGGGAGCUGCCAGGGACUGGCUGGAUGAUGGAUCAGAGAGACACAUUUCUGUCUAUGAUCCAUGAAGAUGGAAGGAAGCCUAUCAGUAGCCCAAACACAGGUCUCAUAGAGGUUCAUCUUCAAGAAGCGCCUGAAAAUCUAGAACUUCAGGACUAUGAGAAAACCAAAACAUUUGUAGAGCUAGAUUUUGACAGUGUCACUGAAUCUACCAAUGGCUUUUAUGAGUGCAAAGGAAACGGGAUUCCAGAUGAAUCUCAAGGAAUGGUUGAACAACUCCAGCAGUGUAUUGGAAAAAGCACCAAGGAGGAAUUCCUUCAGCAUGCGCCACUGCCCAAUGCCCUGGACCCUACAGAGAAGGCCCUUGGAAGAUCUAGAGAAUUUAAACUUCAAAAGGCUGAUCUGAGCUCCCUUAGGGCAUGGGGUUCUGAUGAGAACUCUGGGAACCAAGACCUUUUUGAUCUGGAGAACACAAGAACGGAAGCCAAGGAACCAAAAAGAAAUGUGAAGACGGAAUACACUCUUCCAAACUACAGACUCAUCAGUGUUGUCAGCCAUAUUGGGAGCUCCCAAGACUCAGGCCAUUACAUCAGCGACGCCUAUGACUUUCAGAAGAAGGCCUGGUUCACAUAUGAUGAUCUACGUGUAUCGGAAAUCCAAGAGACCACGAUGAAGAAGGCACGGCAAUGCUCGGGGUAUAUCUUCUUUUAUAUGCACAACGAGACGUUUGAGGCACUGGAGGACAAGGCCACAAAUCCUUGA